UCCAGCAUCAUCGCGUGUGCAGAAGAGCGACAUUCGUGAUUGCUCUCUCUCCUUCGCAACGUGCUACAGCUUUGCAUCCCAUCGCGAGUCGAAUGGACCGCAGUCAGCUCUUCACACCGUACAAGAGCUUCCGAGAGACCAGCGCAUGGAAGCUGUGCAAAUAAGCGCUCGUACGCUCAUCUCUCCACUCCAAACCCGUUCAGACUUUGCCCCUCUCAUCCGCGGCCCCAGCUGGGACCAGAAGCCGAUAUGAGCAGCACAGCGAUGGAGACGCCGCUAGCUUCGGCCUUAGAGCUGGUCAAUUCGGCGAUCAGAUCUCUGCGCGAAGCGCAACAAGCCUCUCAGCCCGAUGCAGAGAAGAUCAACGCAGCGCAGCGCGCCCUCGAACUAGCAUCGAACCUCUUGUCGCGCUUGGAUCCUUAUUUGGACGAAUGUUCCAGCAAAGGUCCGCCGGCAUUACGAGAUCUGAUCGACGAGACGGACAAGCAUGACUGGAAAGGAGCGUAUGAGAGAAAGGAGGUCAGCUUUAGGGUGCAUCCCGGAUGGAGCGCUGGUGGGUACGAGGGAUCUUUUAUUGCCAUGGUUGCCAGAUCCAUCAAGGCUAGACGCGUCCUCGAAGUGGGCAUGUUCACAGGCACAACGACUCUGUGCGUGGCCGAUGCGCUGCCGGAGGAUGGCAAGAUUGUAGCUCUGGAGAUGGAUGCCUACUUUAAACAGCUUUCGGAGCCCUUCUUUGCCAGAGCUGGAGUCAGCGAAAGGGUGGAUGUGCGGAUAGGCGCAGCGGUGGACCAAAUCAAGGGCAUGGUGCGGGACAAUGAGCAGCCUUUUGAUCUCAUCUUUAUCGAUGCGGACAAGACGGGAUAUCACGACUACUACGAGACCAUCAUCGGAUCUGGUCUGCUGGCAAAGGGUGGCGUGUUGCUGGUCGACAAUACACUCUACAAGGGCCUGCCAUUCACCCCGGACCUCGACAAGGCCAGUCCGGAGCUUUUAGGCCGCUUGCAAAUCAAUCAAGAGUAUGGCACCGCGCUCAGGAAGUUCAAUCAGCAUGUAGCGCAGGAUCAGAGGGUCGAGGCUUCCAUCCUGCCCAUCCGAGAUGGUGUCACGUGGAUCGUCCAGCGGCAGGAAGAGUGACGCAUGGAAAGACUGACUUGCUAAAUCGAUGGUCCACCCAACAUUCACUGCGAAAAAAGGCAUGUGAUUGGCUGCAACUUCAUUUGAGAAAUCCAGUGUCUUUCCAAGCGGAGACCAUCCUGGCGCAGUGAUCUCUGUCGACAACUGGCGCCCUUCGCAAUGCAUCCGAGAGCGCUUCUGCUCGCGUCGUCUCCACGGUGCUGUCCGAGCCUGCGGCCGGAAGCUGAGAGGGAACAAGGG